AUGUCGCACGAUUCUGGAGCGGAUGCCCAUUCGCGGCGUCCGAAGAAGCUCAUUUUUGCCCCCGGGGAUAUUCAGGAUACACCCGACUCUCUCGAUCCAUCAGUGCAGCCCCAGUCCGCUGUGCCAUCCCACCUGAACCCCGCUGAAGCUCUCCGCUCCAAUGCCUCAACACCCGAUUCCGCCACCGAAAAUCAACUCAUGUCGCACCCCGCACGAGCCCACCAGUUUGUGACCAACCCGCCUCUUACAAUCUCCCAAAUGCACGGUACGAACCCGUUGCACCAAUUCAACUCCUGGUUCCAUGACCCUCGACUAGCGCCUAGCUCCUCGCCCGAAACUUGCACGCUCGCCACGGCCGAGCUCCCUUCUGGCCGUGUCAGUGCGCGUAUCCUCUAUCUCAAGGAAUUGGACGAGCGCGGCUGGGUGGUCUACAGCAACUGGGGAAGUCGCGAAGGGAAGGGUCGACAGGUGUGGGGAGCGGGCGACAACACUGGCACAAUUGGAUGUAUACCAGCACCAGGGGAGACCACGCAAGGCAACAAAUGGGGUGCAUUGACAUUCCUUUGGGCAUCAGUCGAGCGCCAGGUCCGCAUCGAAGGUAUGCUGGAGCCUCUUAGUCGCGAGGAGAGUGAAUUAUACUGGCAAACCCGCGAACGCGGAAGUCAGAUCGGUGCCUGGGCCAGUUGGCAGAGCCAGGAACUCUGGUCGGGAGAGCCAUCGCAGCUAGCUGAGAACCAACGUCGCAAGAGCGUGGCGAAAUUACAGGGUGAGGUGCCUGCUGACAUCGACGAGACGGAUAUCGAUGACGGGCGCGCGCUACUCGAGCAGCGGGUGAAGGACAUGGAGCAGCGCUUUGCGGGAGUUGAGAAGAUUCCUCUUCCGCCUUUCUGGGGUGGUGUGCGUCUUGUCCCGGAGUCAGUUGAGUUCUGGCAGGGUCGUAAGAGUCGAUUGCAUGAUCGGUUCCGUGAUCGACAAUAUCUUAUCGGGUCUUGGCAUCUCAACCUCCCUGGACGCCCUAUUGCUUCGUAUCUCUCUGCAUCAUACAUCUAUCCAACUGCGUCCUUCUUUCAGCCACCAGUAUCGUACAUAACCAUGGCACUCCAACCCGCACAAAAGCCCACGACUUCCCCUUGGAUCAUCCUCGCCGUGGCGAGCGGCGCAUUCGCCGCGUUGAACGGGGUCUUCGCAAAGCUCACGACGGAUAACAACACAACGUCCUUCGCCCAAUCUAUCGCACACCUCUUCGGCCUAGAUUCGUCGCCAUUUCUAGAGCUUCUUGUGCGCGGUGCUUGUCUAGGCCUGAACGUGGUGUGUAACAUCAUCAUGUGGGCUCUCUUCACCCGCGCCCUAACAGCCGGUCCGUCAACGGUAAAGGUAUCCAUUACCAACACCGCCUCGAACUUCCUAGCUACUGCAUUGUUGGGCAUGGUUGUAUUCCGUGAAGCUGUCGGGGGGGCUUUGGUGGCUUGGAGCAGCUAUGAUGGGAGCAGGUUGCAUUUUGGUUGGGAUGCGCGAGGGGGCAUAGACAGCCAAGAUUUGGUAUUCUGA